AUGGCUUUAAUUUGGUCCCUAAUCUGGAUUAUAUUAAUAAAGGAAUCCCCAGAAUCUGACAAGUGGAUAUCACAUUCCGAAUUGCAUUAUAUUCAGCAAUCACUGAAAGAUGCGAAACCUGUCGAAUCCUUUCCAGUACCGUGGAAAAAUAUUUUAAUAUGUAAAGCAGUAUGGGCAUUACAGGUAGCAAUAUUUUGCGAAGCUUGGGGAUUUUAUACUUUACUCACGCUACUGCCAAAGUAUUACAAAGGUGGAUUGGCUUUAACUUGGUUCCUACUCUGGGUUGUAUUAAUACAGGAAUCGCCAGAAUCUGACAAGUGGAUAUCAAAUUCCGAAUUGCAAUAUAUUCAGCAAUCACUGAAAGAUUCAAAACCAACCGAAUCCUUUUCAGUACCGUGGAUAAAUAUUUUAACAUGCAAAGCAGUGUGGGCGUUACAGGUGGCAGUAUUUUGUGAAUCUUGGGGAUUCUAUACUCUACUCACCCUACUUCCUAAGUAUUUCAAAGGUGAUUUUUGA